GGAUUUUUCUCCAGAGAAAUGCAUAUUAAAGUUAGAGUCUGGUCAUUUUGAGUGGGUUUCUUCUGACGUCAGAGCCACCGGCGUUUAAAACAACCCGCAUCUGGGCUGACGUGUAUAAUACUAGUUUUUAUAACGCAAAAUAUGUAUUUCUGACAUCAAAGGCGGCUAUUCGGAAAAUGUUUUACGAUGCGCUCGAUUGUGUUGUAGAAGUUUAAUAGACAGUAAAGAGAAAGCGGUUAAAGAAGAAAAUCCUCAGGAAGGCGUUUAAGCAAAUUAAACAUGGUAGUGUUGCGCUUCGCCCUAUAAGCGUCCGGCAGCUUUAUGCUUUACCAAUCAAUUGUUACAGUGAAACACAGUAGACCUGCAGUCUCGCCUGCUUUCUCGGAAACUGGGAUCACUCUACAAUGUCCUAUCCUCAGUUCGGAUAUCCUUACUCUUCAGCACCACAGUUCCUCAUGACCAACAACUCUUUGACAUCUUGCUGCGAGUCGAGCACCAGGUCCAUCUCGGAUUCCUCUGCGCAGACGCCCGUGUACUGUCCCGUGUAUGAAAGCAGACUGCUGGCCACUGCCAGACACGAGCUGAGCUCCGCCGCUGCCCUGGGAGUCUAUGGGAACCCCUACACAAGUAGUCAAGGCUAUGGGAAUUAUGUUACCUAUGGAGCAGACGCCUCUGCUUUCUACUCUUUGGGAACGUUUGAUGCCAAAGAUGGGAGUGCGUCUGCGCAUGCGGGUAUAACCCAGGCUGCAGCGUAUUACCCAUAUGAUCCCACCCUGGGACAGUACCAGUAUGACAGAUACGGAUCUAUGGAGGGAGGAACCAGAAGAAAAAACGCCACCCGUGAAACGACCAGCACGUUGAAAGCAUGGCUUCAGGAGCACAGGAAAAACCCUUAUCCUACCAAAGGCGAGAAGAUAAUGUUGGCCAUCAUUACCAAAAUGACCCUAACACAAGUGUCCACGUGGUUCGCCAAUGCUAGAAGGAGACUCAAGAAAGAGAACAAGAUGACAUGGCCACCGAGAAACAAGGGCUCAGAUGAUAAGAAAUACGAUGAUGAUGAGGAUGGGUCACAAGAAGAUCAAAUCAAAAGUGAAACCAAUGAUGACGAGGGCAAAACUCGAGAGGACAAGGAGCUUCAGUUAAGUGACUUGGAUGAUUUUGACACCAUCGAAUCGGAGAGCUCAGAGUGUGAACUUAAACAUCGCUUCCACAUGAACGCGCAUAUGGCGACCACCGAUGAUCGCAUCAAAGAAACCUCUCCAAAACUAUCCAUUCCGGGUCUGCUUGAAGCUGACCACGAUUUAACCAAAAGUUGCUUAAAAACGACGUCUGAAGACUGCGAACACGACAUCGGUGACCUUCGGCACACCAAAACGUGUUUCCAACAGCAAGGCCAUCCAUUACUGGACAGCAAACCGCGAAUCUGGUCCCUGGCCCAGACCGCGACCUCGUUGAACGCAACAGAAUACUCCUCAUGUAUGCAUAGAUGUCAACCAUCACCCUCUGCCUCCUCACCUGUUAACGUCCUGGAGAGACAGCAGGACUCACCGGUAACCACUCUCAGAAACUGGGUAGAUGGAGUUUUUCACGACCCCCUGUUUAGACACAGCUCCUUAAACCAAGCACAGACAAACACUUCAGUUUCUUGGACGACUACGACCAAAGGGUCUAUCUUAGAGACAGGGGCCAUUGAACGCUCCAUAGUAAACAACAACGUGAUAAAAACACAGCAGCAGGAGCCCAGUAAGGACAAUGUGACUUUUGCAAAGGGGGUGAAUAAAAUAUUCUGUUCCUAGCACACUCAUGCACUCUUUAAAACCCGAGGAGGACUGUUUGGAAUAGCUGCUUACAAUUUUUUAAUUUCACAGAAACAACAGAACAUGUCAGACUGUGAAUCAAUGGGCCCAAAAGACGUUAUACUUUUUGUUACUAAAAACAAUUGCGCUGUCAUGGGAAACUGUAUGUAUUUAUUGUUGUACUGACAUCUCACUGGUGAGGGUCCCCAAACGGGAUUGGUUUGUAUAUUUAUUGGUUCGGUUUAGUUUUGUAACGCACGUUAAACUUGUGUAAAUUAACAGCUAGACGUUUAUGUUCUGAAAGACUGAAAAAGUUUACAAUCCAAUUUUGUUUCGGAUUUGAAUGUUUAUUUGGCAUGCAUAUGUUGCUAGUUUUCAUUGGAUAUUGUUUUAGAUGAACUCGGACAUUGUUGCAAUGACUCACAAGUGUCACUGUUAAGAACGUAUCGCACAAAUGCAGAAAUCCCAUUAAAAUUUGGGAAUGUUCAGAUCUGCUCACUAUAAUAAACAGCUGAUUUUUC